AUGUUCAACUACUUUUUGAAAAGCUUCAACAAGUGCAAAAGCAGAGUUGACGUGACCCACCUGAGCAAGCAGUUUCUGAAGAACAUUUUUCUCUUCAAUACGCACGAAAUAGCAUUGUGCUUAAAUAAAUUUUCGAAGAUACAAUUUGAAGAUAAGAUAUUUUGGAAUAAUGUAUGUCACAUAUUAACUACUAAGAAUAGCACACUCUUGCAAAACUUUAAAAGGAGAGAAGUUGGUCAAAGGGUUGAUCAACAAGUCGGUGGAGAAGUGAGUGCAGAAGUUAGUGCAGAAGAUAGUGCCCAGGUUGAGCAUAUCGAUCAGUUCUCCAGUAGUGAUAUACAGCAUGAAGACCAAACAGGGGGGGGCAGGAAAGAACACCAUUAUGAGGAAGAGCAGUACUAUGAAAACCAUGCUGAGAGGGUGAAGGACAGAGGAAUAAGCAGAAUGGAGUUCAACAAAGAAUGGACAGCUAAAGAAGAAGUAAAGAAGAGCACUGAUAAAAUGGUGGAUUAUUUUACCAUGGAGGAAUUGUGCUUAGUUCUCAACGCGUUAGCAAAAGUUAACGUAAAAAAUGAAGAAAUUUUAAAUCUUGCAUCGAAUAAAAUAAUCAGCGAAAUAGACUUGAAUAAACAUAUUAUAAACGCAAUCAAAUCGAUUGACUACUUUACAAGUAAUGGUGAUAAAAAAAAAGCUGCUAACGAAGGUGAACCUACAAAUGAAAAGAAAAAUAUGCAUAAUUUAUUGCAAACUAUUUCAAGAAAAUAUGAACAUGUAAAUAAAAAUUUAACCGAGAAGGAUGUUAGCGUACUCAUCGAAAUAAUGCUCUCUCAAGAGAACAUGAUGGAUAAGAAAAAAGAAGGUACUACAUGUCCGCUAACUCGAGGUGAACAUGUAGUGUCAACACAUAAUUAUUCAACAGAUGAAUAUAAUAAAAUUUGUACCACAGGAAUGGGAAAAAGAAAGAACAAUGAUAUCAUUUGUGAGGAUAUGAAAAAUUUGAAAAAAAAAGUAAUCAGUAGCUUAAAAAAAAUGAACUACAUAAGUGAACAAAGUAUUGCUUUAAUUUUAAAUGCAUAUAGCAGAUCCUUAAUAAAAAACAAAGCACUAUUAGAUAUACUUAAAGUAAUCAUAAUAUUAAAAAUAAAAAAGGAAAAUUAUAAAUGCUCUGAUAUCUUUAUUAGUAGUGUUUCCCAUUCUUAUUCUUCUUUUUAUUAUAAAGAUAAACUACUAUUCAAUAUAUUGGCUGAAUAUACAUAUAAUAAUAUAGACAGUAUAAGCAUAAAAGCGCUUGUUAUAAUCAUGAAUAGCUUUGUUAAUAUAGGUAUUGUGAACAUACCCCUAUUUAAUGCAAGUUUAAAUAAAUUCGCAAAGAUAGAAACAAUUAAUAGUUUAUCUAAUCAAUGUACAAGCAAUAUUAUUACUAUUCUUACCAAGUCAUACAAAUACUUAGACAAAGCAAAGAUACAUUUUAUCAUUAAGACCAUAAUUAAAAGGAUUAAAAAAGAGUACAGUAAUUACUCCGUGAUAUAUCAGCAAAAAUAUAAACAAAUUAAUAUAUAUGGGAAUAAAGACAGGGGAAAUGAUAAAAUACGUAUUCCUCCAUCUUUCUCUAUAAAGGGGAAAGAACAGCAAACCGGCGAUGAAAAUUAUGCAAGUGAAUAUUAUGAUGAAAAAUAUACACGCGCAUGUUAUAAGGACGAAAAGUAUUCACAUUCAUAUUAUAACGAACAAAAUUACAAGGAGAAGGGAGAAAGAGUAUCGGGUGGACAGAACAAGAAGCGACUUUUCGAGCGCACACCGAAUAAGUACAACUCAAAAUGUCUGCAAAAUGGAAGAACUAAUUUCCUUGCGGGAUUCUUAAUUAAACAUUUGACAAAUAUCCUGAACAAUCUGAGCAAGCUAAAUUAUGCGGAUUCGAAUUUAUUUGAAAUAUUUUCUGACCUAAUUUUAAAAAAUCAGAAAAAUAUGAACAAACUAGAUUUCCUUAACAUUAUAAGUUCAUACGCUAGGUUUCUCUACAUAAAUAAAGACAUGUAUGAACUGAUAAAAGUUAACUCCAUAAAGUAUAUCACAAGUAAGGAUUUAAAAUACGUUGAAUUUAUAAACUUAUUUACAAGUGUUGGUACGUUUUAUAUAAUUGAGAAGAGCCAAAAUAAGUGCCUGAACAAGUUAGAAAAUACAGGAUUUAAAGAUAUCAUCCACUUGAUGAUUAAUAGACUUAAAGAGGGUAUACAUUCUCCAGGAAUAACCACCACAAUGGAUGCAAAGGCGAGCGAAGGGGUAGGCGCUAGUGCUAAGUCAUAUCCUCAUGUAUGUACCGAACAGCGCAUGGAUAUAUGUACAGAACAUGAUGGCAGGGUAGACUUAUUUAUCAGCUCCAAAAGUGGUUCUCCAUUUCUUAGUACCAACUAUCAUACAUUUGAUGAACAAAAGGGUAACCUUAGCAAGAGCAGCUUAAGGAAUGAUUAUUUCAAACACGCUUUGUAUAAAAAUUGUAAUAGUUAUAAUUAUUCUACUAUAAAAUAUAAAAACAUUUUAGAUAAUUUGAGUUUAAAUCAUGUGUGCAGUAUCAUGUCAACCCUUGGAAAAUUACAUAUGCAUGAUAAAAUAAUUUAUGAACAGUGCAUAAAAAAUAUAAAAAAAAAAAUUUUCAAAAUGAAUGCUAAGUGUUUGGCUAUAUAUCUAUUAUAUGUAAGUAAGUUCAACUUAACCCCUGAUAGUUAUAUCACAGCGGUUAUUUCAAGAUGUUUUAAGGUUCUGCAUGUGAUGCAACAGAAAAAUGAAAAAAACAAUAUAUAUGACAAAUUGAAAAAUUUAUAUAUACAGCUUCAGACGAAUGAUAUUGUAAACCCAGUGUACAUAGUUAGAUGUCUAAUAAAGAGCGAUUUGAAUUAUAGAAAUAAUAUAUAUAUAAUUUAUCAUUAUAUGAAAAUUAUUUACUCCAUAAUUAGAAUGGACAGCCUCAGUACAAACAAAGAGAAACCCUUUACUUCCCCUCCAAGUAAUAUAGUAAAAAUAGAUGAAUCCGACUUAGAAGAAAACAAUAUGGUAAGGGAUAGAAAACUAAACGUUCAAAGCUGCUGUGUACUAAUUAAUAGUAUAGCUUUUCUAAACACUCACCUCCAUUUUAACCAUGACAAAUACUUUAAACUGAUUUCGUUUUUAUUAUUCUAUUCAUUUAAAUAUAUAUUUGAACGGUUAGAAUUACAAGACCCAAUAAAUGACUUACUAUACAAUAUAACACAAGUACAACAAAUAAAUAAAAUAAAAAAUGAAAUUAAAAAAAAAAAUGAUUCAGCAAGUAUACGUCAAAUUUACAUGACUAUUUUAAUAUUGUUCCAUUUGAAUUCUUUAAGCUUCCCUUAUUCAAAAAAAAAAAAAUUAAAAGAAUCGAAUAUUUCUAUCUAUUCUAUCAAUUUGUUAAAAUUUUUUUUUUUCUUUCUCAAGUAUAAUCCAUUUACUCACUUCGAAAAAUAUACAUCUAUAUAUAACUCAAUGAAUAAUAAUAAAAGGCUCACCAUUUAUAAGGAAGAAGAAUAUACUCCUUUUGUUCAUAACAAAAAUGUACGUCUAACCAAUGGAAAGAUGCCUCAUAUUUCAAAUAUAGAGACUGUUGUCUUUUACGCAAUUGUAAAUAUAUUGAAAAAGAAAAAUCAAUAUAACAGUAAUAGUUUGUCUUCUACAGUUAAAGUUUAUAUGUACACCAUCGAUAUAUUAAUUAUGCGCAAGGGGUGGUAG